GUUGGUUCACAUGGUUCAUGUAUUGUGUGUGGUGUGGAGCAGACAGGUAGCUGACAUGAAGUAGGACCCGACGUGAAUGUGUCUUGCUCGAUCAGGGUAAUGUAGCUGAACAUUGAAAGAAAAAUCGACAAAAUUCAUUGGGACACUUUCGGUUGGAGAAAUUUCGAUAUCACCAUGACAACUAACCUAAAUAUGAAACACUGGUCAUCAAAGCAAGUGAAUUUCAAGGACUAUAAAGUUGCUGUAGUCUUGACAUUCCUAACUUGUGUCGGCGUCUUUGCUAACGUACCUGAUCAUGAUGACGAUCCAUGCAUCUCUUACACGACGAGUCUUAUUUGUUCAUGUACGGAACCACCGCCCCUACCUCCACCGUGUCCACCGUUUGUAUUUCCAGUGAACAACCUGUCCGAGUUCGGAGCAACCACCCAUUCAGUUUCAGCCUCGUGGUUACCGCCAAGUUUAUGUAGGUACACUGGUUAUAAUGUGUCCUGUUCAUAUGGAUCAGAAGUUAUGACCCAGCAAACCCUUCAUGCUCAGACGACAAUGUUUAAUUGUACCAAUCUAAUGCCUGGAAUGUGUGGAAUCAACAUCACAGUCACAGUAUUGCGCGAUUAUGUUGAGAGCGAACCAAGAUCGAUCACCCUUGCAACAGUUCCUUCACAGGUAACUAACUUGACUGAAUGUGGAGCAACCAAUGAUUCCAUCUCAGCUUGCUGGUCACCACCUCGUGGCAUGUAUGAUGGUUAUAACGUGACUUGUUCAAGUAAAGAACCAACUCGUCUUGAUGCUAACAACACCAUGUUUACAUGUACCAAUCUACCUAUUCCUGGCAUGAAAUAUAACAUGACAGUAACUACCGUGAGCUGUGAAAAGGAAGGCGAACCAUCGAUGAUUACAAUUCUAGCACUUCCUUCACAGGUAACUAACUUGACUGAAUGUGGAGCAACCAAUUAUUCCAUCUCAGCUUGUUGGUCACCACCUCAUGGCAUGUAUGAUGGUUAUAAAGUGACUUGUUCAGGUAAAGAACCAGCUCUUCUUGAUGCUGACACCAUCAUGUUUACAUGUACCAAUCUAUCUAUUCCUGGAAUGAAAUAUAACAUGACAGUAACUACCAUGAGCUGUGAAAAGGAAGGCGAACCAUCAGUAAUUACAAUUCUAGCACUUCCUUCACAGGUAACUAACUUGACUGAAUGUGGAGCAACCAAUUAUUCCAUCUCAGCUUGUUGGUCACCACCUCAUGGCAUGUAUGAUGGUUAUAAAGUGACUUGUUCAGGUAAAGAACCAGCUCUUCUUGAUGCUGACACCAUCAUGUUUACAUGUACCAAUCUAUCUAUUCCUGGCAUGAAAUAUAACAUGACAGUAACUACCGUGAGCUGUGAAAAGGAAGGCGAACCAUCGAUGAUUACAAUUCUAGCACUUCCUUCACAGGUAACUAACUUGACUGAAUGUGGAGCAACCAAUUAUUCCAUCUCAGCUUGUUGGUCACGACCUCUUGGUAUGUAUGAUGGUUAUAAAGUGACUUGUUCAGAUGGACCAGGUAGAGAACGAACCCGUCUUGAUGCCGACACCACCAUGUUUACAUGUACCAAUCUAUCUAUUCCUGGAAUGAAAUAUAACAUGACAGUAACUACCAUGAGCUGUGAAAAGGAAGGCGAACCAUCAGUAAUUACAAUUCUAGCACUUCCUCCACAGGUAACUAACUUGACUGAAUGUGAAUGUGGAGCAACCAAUUAUUCCAUCUCAGCUUGUUGGUCACCACCUCAUGGCAUGUAUGAUGGUUAUAAAGUGACUUGUUCAGGUAAAGAACCAGCUCUUCUUGAUGCUGACACCAUCAUGUUUACAUGUACCAAUCUAUCUAUUCCUGGAAUGAAAUAUAACAUGACAGUAACUACCGUUAGCUGUGAAAAGGAAGGCGAACCAUCAGUAAUUACAAUUCUAGCACGAGAGUCGAUCUUAGUUCCUCCACAGGUAACUAACUUGACUGAAUGUGAAUGUGGAGCAACCAAUGAUUCCAUCUCAGCUUGCUGGUCACCACCACAUGGCAUGUAUGAUGGUUAUAAAGUAACUUGUUCAGAUGGACUAGGUAGAGAACCAACUCGUCUUGAUGCUAACACCACCAUGUUUACAUGUACCAAUCUACCUAUUCCUGGCAUGAAAUACAACAUGACAGUAACCGUAACUACCGUUAGCUGUGAAAAGGAAGGCGAACCAUCAGUAAUUACAAUUCUAGCACGAGAGUCGAUCUUAGCUCCUUCACAGGUAGCUAACUUGACUGAAUGUGGAGCAACCAAUGAUUCCAUCUCCGCUUGUUGGUCACCACCUCUUGGCAUGUAUGAUGGUUAUAAAGUGACUUGUUCAGAUGGACCAGGUAGAGAACCAACCCGUCUUGAUGCCGACACCACCAUGUUUACAUGUACCAAUCUAUCUAUUCCUUGCAUGAAAUAUAACAUGGCAGUAACCACCAUGAGCUGUGAAAAGGAAGGCGAACCAUCAGUAAUUACAAUUCUAGCACCGGAUCCUCCUACUCAAGUUCCGACUUCGACUUCUAUUUCUCCGUCUACUACUUGUCCAAACGCGACUACUUCUUCGCCUCCUAAUAUUUCUCCUUCUCCGACUUCUCCAAAUACUACUACUUCGCCGCCUUCUACUCCUCCUCCUCGACCACCACCCUGCAAGUAUUUUUGUAAGAUGUGUCCUACCAUUCAGUGGAUGCUAGUGUCUUUACUCUGCUCUAACACGUUGGGUUGGAUCUCUGUAGCUCUCAUCUAUUACUUCAACAAACCCACCAAGACAGAUCCUAUGACAUACAUCCAGAACACUCCAACGGAUCAUCAAGACAUUCUUUCUACCCAGAGGGAGAGUCAGAAGAAAUGUUCUUCAGGAGGAUCUACGCAAGAUGAGGAAACUAUGCUAUGUGAUAAGCAACCGGGUACUUCUAUGUCGUACGAUAAUCCGUCGUACGACAAUACCCCAUCAGAUUCAGUUUUCUUGGGGGGUGCAGUGGUUAACGGCUGAGUUGAACCAAGAGAGCCAAUUUUAUAAGUAGGAAAAUGAAAACAAAAAAAUGUUAUACUUUUAAUUAGUUAGUUCAAUCAAUCAAUCAUUUCAAAUGUAUUUAACUUUGCAAUGAAAAUUACAUAACGGUAUAACAUUCGUCAAAAAAAUUCACAUAAUAAAAAACAGUAAACAUAGUUACCUUAGAAAUGAUACAUGUAUAUAAAAUUGCAAAGUGGGUUGCGGCCAAGAAGGAACUGCCCUUAUGAAUAGGCCGACCAGGGGUGUCACGGGGGGAGGGGGGGGGGGCAAGAACCAACAAAAUCCCGGUCAUAAUCAUGGUAUGAACAGGCAGUGGUGUAAUGAGGCAAUAUUUUGAGGGGGCCAGAUAUGGCGUAUCGGGCAAAAUUUAAAAGUUGCGAGCGAAGCGAGCCAGCAACAAUUGUGACAUUUUUAUUACAAAAAUCAAAUUUUGUGACAGAUCUUGACAUAGUAUUCCGUAAAUGAUAUCAUUUUAACCCUUCUCUCUUUCAUUUUCUUUAUUUUUUUGUUUGUACGCCACUGUGAACAGGAUUCUUUUUUAAUGAUUGUGCGCGAAGAUCUAUUGAAUUUAUACUUUGACGCAUAUGUAUCUACAUGUAAAGCAGAGGGGGAAAGAAGCCUACAACACUUUAGAAAAUAUUCGGUAUUAUCAACCGUUGGCUAAAGGAUUUUUUUAACGAAUUGAUAUUUCUCUUAACCAACAUUAUUUUGGUUGGCUCAUUUGUUAACCAACCCGUUAGGUUGGUUAAAACAUUCCUGAGAGUGUGGCCAUAACAAAUGCAGCUAGUCUAUGAAGUUAUAUUAGAAUGGUUAUCUGUUUCCAGUAACUUGGUUUCUUAGUCGAAGAAUGAAUGUGAAUGUUUCAUGACACGCCAUGUAUUUCUUGUGUGAGAUAUGUUUGGUCCUGUUAUACGUAAAACUCGACGUUUCGUCAAGUAUAGUUGUGUUUUUGCCGUCUUCAAUUUUAAAAUUGUAUUACUGAUGAUAAAAAAUGUUUCGUACACAAUUGAAACUAAAUUGUAGGCAUAAUAUCAUAAAUAACAUAAAUUUUUGACAUUUAAAAAGCUAAAUGCACAAGUUAGGUGGAAUGCAUGAAAAACAUAUGAAUGCAUAUAAUAUGAUAUGAAUGACUUGUAAGAGAAAACUGGCAAUUUGUGUAUAAUUUUGAUAAUAACAAAGUGAGUUUUCAACUUUUGUUGAGUAUGUCAACCCCCCUCCCCCCAAAAAAAAAGACAACGAACUUUUUUUUCACGAGAAUAAAUAAGAAUAAGUGGUGUACCGUGAAGCCUCCAAAAUGAUCAUUUAGAUUUUUUUUAUCAAUGAUGUUAUACCCAUCGUGUGCGUAAACGGUAUGAUAAUAUUUUGAUAAUUAUUUCAUUGUGUAUCUUUAUUUUUCAAUAUUUACAUACACAUUGAUUUUUUGAAGGUUCAAUCUUCUGAACACUACCUUUGUUUUAAUUGUGUAUAUAGAAAACAUAGGCUCGAAGCUUUAACUGGGCAUAUUGUGGAAAUAGGUGUCAUGCUGGUUUGUUCUCUUUUGAUCUCUUUUUGUCUUGAAAAUGAUCAUGAGUAUUGCACGAAUAGGGGAGAUGUGAAAGUCGUACCAUUUAGUUUCUGGUUUUUUUUUUUUUAUAAUUGAGCCCCUCUUGCCCCCGAAGGUUUACGAUUGCCUAGAUCAUUAAUUUUGUUAGUAAUAAUUACAUUAUCAUCUUGGACAUAACUUUAUGACACCAAUGAAAGAACACACGUUACACUAAAAUUGAUGUUGAGGAAAAGUUGAUUUAGUUUUCCUCUUUCAAAAUUUGUAUUAAUACUGUCUAAAAAAGAUGAUUGAAUUACAUUUUGAAAAUUUUAAAUUUUGUUAUUAUAAAAUUAUUUUUUACAUGGUGUAUAACCAUUUCUAACGAAGAAUUCUUAAAAUAUGCUUGUUACAAACGAUUUUACAGAAAUCUUAGUACAAAUUAUAAUAAAUUAAAAAAUGAAUUAUGAUAUAAUUUUUUUUUCAGUAUCAUCCUUUUUUCAGGGAAUUAAACCUAAAUUCAUUAUAAAACUACACUGUAGAGACUAAUAAUCGAUUCUAAAUGAAUAAUCGAAACGUAUGACUUGGAGAAUUCAAGGGUACUUCUUUAAUCGGGAAUAUUGCAUCAAGUACUCAUUCCUCGUUCAAGAUUUAAAGGUCUGAACCGAAUCCCCUUUUUUCUUUUCAAGAAAUAACAAAGUUAAUCACUAUAUCCUGAUGAAACAAAUACAGGCAUUCAUUAUUGCAAUGAAUCAUCAACAGCAUCCAUUUUAUAUCCUCAUCGUCGGUAUUAUUAUUAUUGUUUUGAUCUCUAAAGGUUAAAGGGUUAUAUCUAAAUAUGUUUGCAAUCUAUUUUGAUUUAUUUUUAUUGAAAUAUAUUUAUUCAGGAGAACAAGAGAUCGGUAUAAAAACGUUGUUUUACAUCACGGUCCUGAAAAGAUAAGGAGCUUACAUUAAAAAUCAAAACUGAUAAAAGAAUUCGACCAGCCGCAUAUAAAAAGCUUUUUAAAAAGGGAAUGACACUGGCAAAUUAUUUACGCUGGCAGCGUCCAGGUCCACGCUCAAAUAAAUGCAACUGGGCGAGUACAUUCCUAUUGGUAAAGACAAACCGACAAUCAGUUUUAAAAAAAAGCUGUCUUACACAAAUACUUAAGAAAAGUACUUACUCUGCUUUUUCUUCUGUCAAUUGCGGAACAUAUCCUUUACAGCGAAGACCUCUUUGUGUGAAUAGCUUUGCAUUUGUUCAGUAAUUAUGUUCAAUAUGAUUUCAACCUUUCUGUUCCUUCUCUGUUUUCUUUCCUGUACAUAUACACGCAUAUAUGAAUAAGUCGACUAUAUUUUUUUCUUUUCCAAGGGGGACCCACACUGUACAAGCUUUGCUUUUUAGUGGACCCCCUCAUUCCAUUUAUGCCCAAUAAUGUUUUUUGUUUUACGAAGUAAGAAUGCUCGUCUGUAAAAUUGUACUUGAAUUGUAUUACCUUAUAUUACUUUGUAUUUUGUUUUGAAUGGAAAUGGAAUAAAGAAUAGAAUUGAAAAAUAAAAAUGUUGACGAUUUCAUGGCAUAUGGCAAGGUGUUCCACAGC